UCCCUCAAUCGCCACUAGUGCCGCCACCAUCGUUUUAAAAUUUAACGUCAAGCUAACCUAUAAAUUUUGUGAAGCUACUUGAAGCUAACUAAUUUUCUGAAAAUGUCUUUCAAUUUCGGUGCCCCUAAAACGGCUACAGGUUUCACAUUACCUACCACUAGCACAAUUGCCACCACCACAGCUACGGGCGGUGCAGGCGAUACCAAACAGCAAACCCCUAACAAACCACUAACAAAUCUAUUCGGUACUCCUACGACCAGUACCGGGUUUUUCCUGGGUACAACCCCCAAAACAACAGCGUCAGUAAGUUUCGGCUUAACAACAACAAGCGCAACCUCAACUCCCAGCUUUACAAUAACUCCUGCGACUUCGACGACUACGCCGCAGUUCAGUCUAGGGACAAGUGCUUCAACCACUACCACCGCUGCCACUUCGUUUACUCCUAUUUUGUCCACAGGGACAUCCCUAUCUUCAGGUUUUUCGUUGGCAAGCAGCGCUGCAACUUCCGCACCUUUGAAACUAACCACAACCCUAACCCCUUCAAGCACAACAACAACAUCAGCCUCUGGUUUAGGCCUAGGGGGGCUUACAGCUACUACACAAGCGCCAGCUGUGACCACCACAACAGCAGCAAGUCUGCCAACUUCUGGUACCUUAACCUAUGCUCAGCUAGAGGACUGUAUCAACAAAUGGACUAUAGACUUGGAAGAACAAGGAAAAUUCUUCAUUAAUCAAACAAAACAGCUGAACGCUUGGGAUAACCUGUUGGUUUCAAACACUGAUAAAAUAUUGGCCUUGAAUGAAACAAUUGAGCGUGUGAAACAGCAGCAGAAACAACUAGACCAAGAGCUUGAUUUCGUAUUAGCUCAAGAUAAUGAAUUAGAUGAGUUGAGUCUUCCUCUAGAGAAACAAUUAACUGAUAUUCCAGUCACGGAUCAGAAUAGAUUCCAAACGUAUCAAUUGUCUGAAAUAAUUGACUCCCAAUUGAAGCAAAUGUCCGAGGAUUUGAAAGAAAUUGUGGAACAUUUGAACGAGUCUAACAAAAAUGAAGAUAUUACUGAUCCGGUCAUUCAAGUCAGUCGCAUUCUAAAUGCCCACAUGAAUUCGCUCCAGUGGAUUGAUAGAAACUCGUCUCAGAUUUGCUCUCAUUUGGAACAGAUUACACAGUUACAUGAGACUUACAAGAAAAACGUUUUUAUUAAAAUUUCCUCUAUACAAUAACGCCUUGUACAAAUUUCUCAUAUCAAACAAUAAAUCUAACAAGAUAUUGCACUUA